UGAAAGUUGGCAUUCUUGAUCAGACAGAGGCGUCAGUUUGAGUUCCAGAGCUUGUACAUCAAACUUCCAGACCCUCCCUCUCUCCCACUUUCCCUCCCUCCCUCUCGAAAAGCUACAUGUUCAUCUACAACGUUUAGAAUUGUGCAAACCCAUUCUGCUCCACUAAAGUCUCGCUUCUUAGAAUUCUCUUUGCAAAGCUUCCAUCGACAUAAGGUUUUCGGAUUCUGUAGACUUGGCCGAACAAACCAUGGAAUCCAAUUGUAUUUCUCUGAUGCUGCUGCUAACAGUGCUGGGUGCAUUGGUAUCAGGUUUAGAAACGGCCUCUGGAAUUCCUGGGAUACCUGGGAGUCAUGGAGUACCAGGAAUGUCUGGCAAAGAUGGCCGAGAUGGCCCGAAAGGAGCAAAAGGAGGUCCAGGUCCCUCUGUUUCGGCUGGUGGUCUGGAGGAAAGCGGUGACAAGGGCGAUCCAGGAAUCAUGGGCCCGAUCGGGAAAAGGGGACACAGAGGACCACCAGGCAUCAAAGGAGACUCAGGCAUCAUGGGUGUAAUAGGGGAGAAGGGAAAAUCAGGAGACUACAAGAGCACUUUGAAAUCUGCCUUUUCUGCAAAAAGGGGCGUGUUUGUAUACCCACCACGAGACAUCCCCAUCAAAUUUACUGAUAUCCUGUCUAAUGACCAGAACCACUACGACAGUAGCACAGGAAAGUUCACCUGCCGCAUAUCAGGCUACUAUUACUUUGUGUACCACGCAACCGCAGAUAACAACCUGUGCGUUAACAUGAAUAAGAACGGAGAGACGAUAACUAGCUUCUGUAGUCAUGGGGACUUCGUUCAGGUCAAUUCAGGAGGCCUUGUGCUUCAUUUGCAGGUCAGUGACAAGGUUUGGCUUGAAGCAACUGUGUACAACGCCUUAAUGGGACAAAGAAAUCAUGACAGUGUCUUUAGUGGGUUUCUUCUCUUUCCGGAUUAAGAAUGAUUGAAAUAUUGAGGGAAAAUUCUCUGACGAAACACUCUGUUGGAAAUUAUACACCAUUUGCCGAUUAAAGCUUAAAUAAUAUACUCUCUCUUCUCUAGUUCAUGCCUUCUCAGUCAAAGUCAAGGUCUGAAGAAGGUUGCCAACCCAAAACGUCACCCAUCCUUUAUUUGCAGAGAUGCUGCCUAACCCGUUGAGUUACUCCAGCUCUUUGUAUCUACUGUAUCUAUGAGUUGUCACCUCUUUGUGAACAGGCCACAAUGAAUGGUAUUAGGGGGAUGGAUAUUGUGCCAUGGAGCAAAGCACAGUCCUUGAAAAAGGGACAGACUUACACCAACACAAUAGGUCACUGUAAGAUGUAGCAAUGUGGAAGUCUUGGGGCAUUGUUGCUUGAGAAGCUGAACUUUGUGUCAUGUUAAGUCCUCACCACAGGCCAUGGUUACUGCAUUGAUGUUAAACUAACUUCACUGAGACGGCUGCUGAGCCUACACCAGGGUGUAAACAGCUCAGGUUUCCUUCCCUGCACUCACUGAAUUGUCCCCAUUUAAGAUCUCGCAGGCCUGAUAUAACCUGGAGAUAACACCAGCACCAGCCCUCACUCCAGCCCAGCCCAAACAUCAGCACCAAACACAACCACCACCCCAAUCAGUCCCUGCCCAACACCAGCCCCAGCCCCAACCCCAUCCCCAUCCCCAUCCCCAUCCCCAUCCCCAUCCCCAUCCCCAUCCCCAUCCCCAGCCACAUCCCCAGUCCUUACUCCAUCCCAGCUCAACCCUCACUCCAGCCCAACCCCAAACACAACCACCACCCCAAUCAGUCCCUGCCCAACACCAGCCCCAGCCCCAACCCUAGACCCAUCCCCAUCCCCAUCCCCAUCCCCAGCCACAUCCCCAGUCCUUACUCCAUCCCAGCUCAACCCUCACUCCAGCCCAACCCCAAACACAACCACAACCCCAUUCAGCCCCAGCCCCAACACCAGCGCCAACCACAGUCCAUAGCCCCAUCCCCAUCCACAUCCUUAGCCCAACCUUAAUUCCUUCCCAAGCUCCAGCCCCACCCUCAGAGCUACCCCAGCCCAACCUCAGCCCCGAACCCAAUGUGAAGUUUGGAUAUUAUGCAUCAUAAUAUGUUCAAUGUGAUAUACCGCUGUCUUUUUCAUCGCAGUUGCCACCUAUUUGGCUGUUAAUUGCUUGGCCUGGAAGCAAAUUACAUCCCUCAAACAUAUUGGCAAUCUCUCAAUUUACAAAAUCUUUGUUGUGCAGUGCAAAACCUGACAAUUAUAUUUUUGAAAGAUCAUAUCAUACACACAAUAUAAAAAGUAUGCUGGAAGAAUGUACUACUUGCAGUAUAAAUACAUUGUAAUAUUUUGUUAACUUCGUAAAUACCUGAUUAUUUCAAGAUGAAUUUCAAAGGACCAACAUAUAUCUGAAAGUCUAGUUCACAGGAAUAGUUAUUGUCUCUCCUCACUGUGGAAACCCUCACUCUAUUAAUGUCGUGGGGAUUGAGUAGAAGAUAAAUAAUUUUUGUCAUUUAUUGGGUUUUUUUCAAUGCUUUCUUCCAAAAACCUAUUUCCACAUAUGAAAUGUAUAUGAAGAUAUUACUGAACUAUUAGAGAAAAUGUUCAAUAAAAAUGUCUUA